AUGACAUUGGCGGGGUCGGGGCAGAUGACGGUGCCGGCCACGAGGACAUCUCAGCGGCGUGACAGCAGCGCGAAGGAGACGGUUGGUGGUGCGUUCGCUUUUGGUCUUGGUGCUCCCUGCGGAACAGACGGCGGCAAUCCGGUACUGCUGGAGGCAUGCCCUGUUGCAUUCUGCCCCUUGACGGUCCGAUGGCGUCCGACAGCAAACUUCCAAGACGAUGCCCUCGGCGGUGGUCACGGCAGACUUGCCGCGACUGGUGACUCCUAA